AUGAGUCCAGGUCAGAGGCUGGCAACUCAAGUCGAUAGCGCAUCUGAACCAAUGCUAUCUUCAAGUUUCGGUGGAGGAUCUGCUCUUGUUGCAGAAUCUCAGCCUUCUAUGGGGCUUCACCUGGCAGAUUUUAGUGUCGAUGUUUCCGACCUGGAGAAGAUGCGGACAUUUCCAAGCUCAGUGCCUCUCCCAGACCUUGAUGGCGACCUGGAAUUCCUCGACUUCUUCGACCCCUUCUUGGGCUUACCUCCAAAGCAACUUGAAGCUUUUGCAGUACCACCGCUCGGCGGCAAUACUGAUGGCUGGUCCCCUCUAGAGAAUUUCUCAGGUUCGAGCCAGGCUUCCAUGCAGGAUUACGGUUUCCAGCAGAGUCGUAUUUCGACUGCGAACGAGACUCCGUCAGUUGACGAUUCAAAUCAAUCGUGGGAAACGGCCAGUCGUGAAAAUUCGCGUGCUAAAGAGCCCACCGGGCCAUGGGACGAGACUCCAGCCCAGGUUUUCACCAUGAAUCGUCCCGAUUCCGAGGGCUAUUCGGGCUAUCAAAUUCCACAGACGAAGAAGUACCCGAGACUUCCAACACUUACUUUUUCAGAAGCAAUGCGAAUUCAUCUCCUAAGGGACCUGUCGAAUAGACUCCCUGCCGAAAAAUUGAACAAAUUCCGACUGCCCAGCGCAGCCGCACUCCAAAAAUGCAUUCGAACCUACGUCGAUGCCUUCCACGUUCACCUGCCCAUCUUCCACCUUCAGACUAUGGACUUCGAAACCACACCUUCGCCACUUGUUCUUGCUAUAUGUGCAGUUGGCGCUCUUUAUCGAUUAGAAAGAAAGAUUGCGGCUUCAUUGUAUUUGAAAGCAGACCAAGCCCUCGCUGCCGCAGUUGAUGACCGGGGUGAACAUCUCGACAAGAAGCCACGGUUGCUGGAAGAUUGGGUUCGGCCACAAUCUCAAUCACCGAAAUCGACGCCGGAAUCAUUGUGGAGGAGUCAAACUCGGUUGCUGCUUGCAAUGCUCAGCUGCUUCAGCGGCGACCCGGAAGUCAUUUCGAAGGCUAUUAUUCGUCUCGGCGACUUCCUCGUGGAUUUUCGUGACUUGGCUCCUACCGUAAAACCGCGCAAAAGCACAGAUAGGUGGCUGAGCUGGCAGGAAUGGGUCGAAAGGGAGAGUGUUAAGAGGUUACUGUACGGUCAGAUAAUGUUUGGCAAUUUGGUCACCAUGACUUACGGGAUUCCCCCCGGAUAUUCCUUGGUUUCUGAUGGUUUCAUCGAAAUGGCCUGCGACCAGUCCCUGUGGGAUGCACUCACCGAAGAGCAGUGGCACGAAGCGGCAAUGCGAAAAGGCCAGAGCUCACGACUCAAUGUCAGAGAGGCAGUGUCGAUGGUCAUGAACGGGAAUUCAGUCAAGACGGUGCCGCAAGAGUGCUGGGAGUGGUCACCCUUUGCAAUCAGCGUGGUGAUAAACGUUAUUUCCAUUCACAUCUGGCAUAUCACCCAAGGCUCCUACUUUUUUGGCGACCUCUCUAGUCCUGGACCGUCCAAUGAAACCCAGAAAUCCCAGACCCUCGCCCAAACAGAGGCCGCGCUUUCGAGGUGCCGGGCCCUGAUCACCCAAGCCAGCUCCGAUGCCGACUAUCCGUGGACUGAAGCCGAAACCCCUUUGUUGUUCAAUUGUCUAGCGCUGUUGCGGGUCAGCUAUUGCCGGGCAUUCACAGGACAUAGCGCGGCCGAUUCAAUGGUGUUGCUCAAGGAAAGCCAGGAAGAAUUUAUGACUUCAAUUGAGGACUUUAUCGCGCUACCGCAGAAUCGAGGCAAUCUCGUGGCAAGAGCUGUCGGUCGGGCAUUCGAAGGAAUGCUGAUACCGUACAAGGCGGGAACCCUGCUGAUCAAGAAGACAGCCGCCUUGACCUGGGCGAUCGGGCACGCGUUAGCAGGGUGGGAGGCAGCGCUGUUGGUCACGAAAUGGGUGCAUGCGAUCGAAGUUGAGAUACGAUCAAGUCGUGACUCUGCAUCGAUCAGCGAGCUCGAGACUCAGACGAUGCAAUCCAUCAGAAAUCUGCUGUUGGACUUGGAGGAUGUUCUGGACAAUGGAGCCGGACCCUCACUGGCAGCCAAGCUGGCACGAUACUGGGCGGGCUUCUACGAUGAUACCUGGGUAUGGGGUUUGACACCCCGGAUGGGAUAUAUUCUACGCGAAUUGGCCAAUUGCUAUGAGAGCAAGUUGGGGGCUUGUUGA